AAUUUUAAAGGGUGCCUCGGGACUGUCCAUAAUUUUAAAGGGUGCCUCGGGACAGUCCAUAACUAUAAAGGGUGCCUCGGGACAGUCCAUAAUUUUAAAGGGUGCCUCGGGACAGUCCAUAACUAUAAAGGGUGCCUCGGGAAUGUCCAUAAUUUUAAAGGGUGCCUCGGGACUGUCCAUAAUUUUAAAGGGUGCCUCGGGACAGUCCUGUCCAUAAUUUUAAAGGGUGCCUCGGGGCUGUCCAUAAUUUUAAAGGGUGCCUCGGGACAGUCCAUAAACUAUAAAGGGUGCCUCGGGACAGUCCAU